AUGUCCCCGCCAGGGUCGGCUGCGACGGGCAGUGAUUGCAGCACUGCGACCGCUGUGGAGGAGGAUGCGGAUAGCCCGAGAGAAGAGCAGGUGCCUAUAAAACAGACCCUGAGCAAAUCUAUGUGCAGAGACGUCUUCUGGAAAUGCCUCUUGCUCUCCAUGCUGAUGUAUGGAUGUAUGGGAGCCAUGGUGUGGUGCCAUGUUACCAAGGUGACCCGACUGAGUUUCGACAGUGCCUACAAAGGGAAGUCGAUGGUGUACCAUGACAGUCCGUGCUCUGAUGGCUACAUUUAUAUCCCCUUGGCAUUUCUUAUCAUGCUGUAUGUGGUCUACCUGGUAGAGUGCUGGCACUGCCACGCGAGGAACGAGCUUCAGUACAAGGUGGAUGUCGAGGGAAUCUAUGAACGGGUGCAAAAAAUGCAACAGGCCAAACCGUGUAUCUGGUGGAAGGCCAUUAGCUACCACUACGUGCGGCGAACACGCCAAGUAACCCGCUACCGCAACGGAGAUGCCUACACGACCACGCAAGUGUAUCACGAAAGAGUAAACACACAUGUUGCCGAAGCUGAAUAUGACUAUGGAAACUGUGGUGUAAAAGAUGUUUCCAAGCAACUGGUUGGUCUGGAUAAGGCAGCUAUUACUAAACUGAGGUUCACAAAAUGUUUUAGUUUUGCUAAUGUAGAGUCUGAGAACUCCUAUCUUACUCAGCGGGCGAGGUUCUUCACUGAUAACGAGGGACUUGAUGAUUACAUGGAAGCCCGGGAAGGAAUGCACCUGAAGAAUGUAGACUUCAAGGAGUACAUGGUUGCCUUCACAAACCCGGACAACCAACCCUGGUACAUCUCGAACUAUGUCUUCUGGACGGCUGCCUUCCUCAUGUUCUCUUGGCCUCUGAGGGUGCUAACAGAGUACCGCACUGCGUACGCUCAUUAUCGCAUUGAGAAGCUCUUUGGGACGGACUACAUCCCAGUCACACCAUGUGAAGAGCAUCCGUACUGCAGGCGCAUACCUAGAGUUAAUACCAUUGACAGCACAGAGCUAGAAUGGCACAUCCGGUCCAACCAACAGCUCGUACCUAGCUACUCAGAAGCAGGUCUUAUGGAUCUUGCACAGCGUCCUGGAGGUUUCAGGCAGAACUGUGAGCGCUGCCACCGCGCCAUCAGCAGCUCCUCCGUUUUCUCUCGCAGUGCUUUAAGCAUCUGCAACGGAAGUCCUCGCCUUCCCUUUAGUGGAAGCAGGUUCUCAUUGGGACGUAUGUACGGCUCACGCCGCAGCUGCUUCUGGAGAAGCGGCAGCCUGGGUGAACCUGAGAGCCCGAGCGAGAACACACGAUGUCUGUCUGGACAUAUCACGACUACCGAGGAUGACCCUCCAGCCUACCAGGAUGCACUCUAUUUCCCUGUCCUUAUCGUCCACUGCAGCGAGAGCUGCCCCAACCACCGGUCCUUUCACCGCAAUGGCUCAUGUGUAGAGACCUCCUUAUGAGAUUCUCUAAUGCAUCAGUGGUGGAUAUCUGGA